AUGUUCAAGCAUGUGUACCCCGCAUGGCACAAGCCUGCGCAGCGGGUGCUCUUCGUCAUCGCUGCCAUCUUCUGCAUCACCCUGCCAGCCAUCUAUGGAUCCUCUCGCAAGCCCAGAAAGAUAUCCGCCAAAGCCAUGGGCGCAGUCUUUGGGGUUUACUUUGGCCUCUGGGCCUUAUUCUCACUACUAGUCCGUUUCCUGGUGCCCUCUCCAAAAACCGAGUCCACCUUGCCGACCUAUGACCCGUCUCCAAUUCCAGAGCCCGCCGUACUUUACUCUCCCUCCCGUGCGGAUGCUCUGCCAACCUCACCGGCGAUCCGUCUGCACCCUUCUUCAGGUCCAACUGCCGUACGGGGAGCACGCUUUGCAGACAGUGACGAAAUCAUUCAGCCACUUGAGGAUAUUUCCAACCUAGAUUCGCCACCCAACCCCAAGCAUCCCACGAACAAUGUGACAUUCCAGGUCAGACCACAAGGAUCCAGGGCGGAUUCGAGCACCUCUGAAGCAGCAUAUCCAACUUUUGCGGCUUAUCGGCAAUCGCAGCAUGGAAACUUUGAUGCGUUUGCACAGAGGCUCAAGCGUACAUUUGCUACUUCGCAACAGCAACAGCAGAAGCAACCAGAGCAGCAGGGACAGGAGCAGUCAGUGCAGCAGAUAGCAGGGGAAUCGACAGGAGCAGGGAGUGAAGGGGUUCAUUUGCAACCUUUGAUGCCUGACGGAACGAAUAAGAGUGUGAAUACAAGGUCCCGUUCAGGAUCUGCGGCGAGUAUCUUGGAAGACUUGGCAGAGAGGAUUCGAAACGGGUCAAUCUUUUCUCGUUCACAGAACUUGGGAUCAACACAACCCUCAACCGACCCUACCACUGCCAUAACCACCGCUCAGGGCGUAGAUCCUACUCUGGCGUCUUCACGGUCUUCACGGUCUUCACUCGGUCGAUUUUCAGGCAUCUUGGGAGGCAACGGCACAGGUGGUCCAGAAGAAGUUCCAACCAUUGAGGUGAUCGCGCCAGAGUCUUCGCAUAUGAGAAAAGAUCUUAAGCAGGGUCAGCACCGGGAACAUGGGUAUGAUCGAGGCGAAGAGGCUCAACCACUGUCGCUUUCGAAUAUUGCGCCACAGGGAUCGGAAGCCGAGAAGAAGUAG